AUGGCGAUGAGAUGGUUUGACGGUCUCAGGCCGAACUCCAUAAAUUCCUUUAAGCAGCUAACCCAGGCCUUCAGCUUUCACUUCAUCAUGAGCAGCAAGGUUCCUCGACCCUUGCAUUCCUUUUUGUCUUUAUCCAUGCGAGAAAGGGAGACCCUAAAGGCCUACUCGGAUAGGUACUGGGAGAUGUACAAUGAGAUAGAGGGCAAUUAUGAUGACGUCGCCAUCAGUACCUUCAAGAAAGGCUUACCGAUCAAGCACAGUUUAAGAAAAUCUCUGACUGGGAAACCGAUCACCAGCUUGCGCCAGCUCAUAAACCGAAUCGACAAGUACAAGAGGGUUGAAGAGGACCAACAGUUGGGUAAGAGUAAAGCGAAGGUUGUCCCUCAGGAGAGGAAGGACUUCAGGUCGGACCGAUUUAGCAACAACAACCGACCGAUGAGAGAUUACACAGAGCAACCCGGAUCAGCCAGUGCGCAGGCAGUCCACGCUGUGUUCCAAGAUCCGAUAUAUCAGGUUCUGGAGAAAAUCAGGAAUGAGUCGUUUUUCAAAUGA